AUGCAGGUGACUGUGCCGCCCAGUGUCUGGCUCACAGUCCUCAGGCCCAGCCCCCCUCCAGCCGCCCCCUGCCAGGAGCUGCCACCCUUUGACAUGUGGAAGGACUACCUCAACCUGAACCAGGUGGUGCUGACUCUGACCCAGAGCAGGAGCCAGAGGCUGGAGGCAGAGGAGCUGGAGCAGCAGGGACCUGGCCCCCAGCUGGGGCAGGAUCAGGGGCUGGGGACUGCCCUCUGCAACUUCUGCAAGCACAACGGGGAGUCCCGCCACGUCUACUCCUCCCACAAGCUGAAGACAGCCGAGGGCGUGGUGCUGUGUCCCAUCCUGAGGCACUACGUGUGUCCCCUGUGCGGCGCCACCGGGGGCCAGGCCCACACUCUCAAGUAUUGCCCUCUUAACGGCAACCAGCAGUCCCUCUACCGCCGCAGUGGACGCAACUCAGCCGGCCGCAAGCCCCAGGCCUGGGGGAACCCCGGAUCCCUGGCCCCACAGGACCCCGUGUGCUUCUCCAAACUGGCCUCAGAAUUUGGAGUGGGUGACAAGCUGGCCCGACGCUCCCACCGAGAACUUGAGAAUGGGCGCUGGCUCCACACCCACCUUCCCUGGUCCUUCAGCACCUGCAGACCCACGGAGGCAGCAGGGACCACGCUGUUCAUUCCUCCCUGCCUCAUCGCCUAUCGCCAGGAGCUGAGGCAAGGGACUGGACCACACUGGAGGGAUCCUGUGUCUUCCCAGGCUACCUGGAGUGCGGCCUUCCAGUGA